AUGGGGACUACUUUACAGAGCAUAAGUGCUCUCAUGCAAAAAACCACAAUAAACGAUCAUGAAGAAUUUAUCAAAGCUUGCAACUCAAUAUUAAAAAAGUCUCGAAACGAUGUCGAUGCGCAACAUAUCAAAACAAUUGCGCUUAUAAAGUUGGAUCGAUUUGAGGAUGCGAUUCGCGUAAUUGAAGAAGGGGGUGACGCGUUGAAGAAAAUAUUGCCUCUUGAAUGGUCUUAUGCGCUAUAUAAAUCUGGGAGGCUAGACGAGGCAACGGCAAUUGCGGCCUCUGUUGGUUCGGAAAGGGGUGCAAAACAUGUUGAAGCUCAAGCGACGUAUCGAGCGGAAUGUUUUGACCGAACUGGCAAGAUCUACAAAGAUCUACUCAGCAAUGAGAGAGCCUCCGCGGAAGAGCUCACUGAUUUACAAAUAAAUAUAACCGCAACCGAAGCCCAGAGGCUUUGGGCAGAGCAAAAUAAUUCUAUUGGAAACUUGGUGCCAAAGAGUGAAAAUCUAGACGUUUUCGAAGCCGUAUACAAUGUGGCAUGUCAACACAUAGCCAAGGGCCACUACGAGAAAGCUCACGCGUUACUGAAGAGAUCAAAAGCAUUAUGUGAGGCAUCAGAUGAACUGUCGCCUGACGAUAAAAAAGCCGAGUUGCUGCCCAUUAUAAUCCAAGAGGUAUAUCUUUGUUUACAACAAGGGAAACUUGAAGAGGCGGAUACUCUUAUUAGGGAAAUAAAUUUUGCGGACAUCACGGAGCCUUCUACUAAAAUCAUUGCUGAAAACCUCGCUCUUCUCACAACCCGUCGAAACGUCAACCCAUACCUGAAAUACAAAUUUUUUAACAGCACCUCAAGGCCAACUGAUAACGAUAAAUUCUUCUUCUACCAAAAUGACAUCUUAUGCAGAAAUGCUUAUAUUAUUGAUCUUAUGGUCCAGAAAUUUGAUGGAGUUUCAAGGUCAACACUGAAAACUCUCUCACAGCAUCGUUCCCCAUCUCUUUCCUCAGACAUAAAUUCACUCGCCGUGUUCAACGCUGCCGCGCAUACCCAUGGAACAGUAAGCAAAAGUGCGAUAAAGAAAACAUCGUCUCUUGUCGAAACGCGCCCCCAUGAUCUCGGCCUUAUUCUUCUUCUUACUCAGCUUCACGUGGUAGAUGGAAAUAUCAAUGCCGCAAUAUCAACUCUAGAGGAUUAUUCAAAUAGAGUUGAAGAAGUCAGCAACGACUCCAGUCUGAUGGUUCGAUUCAGUCCUGGCUUGGUUAACAUCCUAGUCACUCUUUACAGGACUCAAGGUCGCAAGCAUCGCAUAAAUUCUGAAUUAUCAAAAGCUGCCAAGUAUUGGCAGAAGAAGAGCCCAUCCUGCCAGCCCAUACCGCUUCUCCGCGCUGCUGCAAUUUCUCUAUUUAACUCCCACAACCCCUCAGACAUAUCUACCGCCGCCGAAAUAUUCGGUCAUCUCCACUCUACUGAUGACACUGAUCGUAUUGCAACUGCCGGCUUUGUUGCUUCUCACGCAAUCACCUCCCCUGACCUUGUUGAGUCUAGUGUAAAAACACUUUUGCCAGUCCAAGAGUUAAUCGCGGGAGUAGAUGUUGCUGGUUUGGAGGAAGCUGGUGUUCAACUGCCUGCUAGCACAGGAGUAUCUGCGUUGAAACAAGGCCAAAAACGACGCGCGCCAGAUGCAGUGCGGAAAAACAAAAGAGUUCGAAAAGCAAAGAAUAUGGAUCCAAAUGAAAAAGUUGAUCUAGAGAGAUGGCUUCCGUUGAGAGAUCGAUCCAGCUACCGACCUAGGGGGAAAAAGGGCAAACAAAAGGCAGCCGAUAGGACUCAGGGUGGCGUUGUUAAUGAAAAAACUGAAGACGGCAACGGCUCGUCCACGCCUGCAAAGAGCAGUAGCCAGGUAAUUUCGGGCGGUGGAGGCGCGAGGAAGAAAAAGGGAAAGGGAAAGAAGUAA